UCUAUUUUGACUUUUAAGAACUCCACCACCACCACCGCCACCACACACAGAUUCAGACCAUGCGCUUGUGACAUAGUCUUAUUUUGGUGCAAAGGGCUCUCUCUAAGUCUCUUGAGUUGUUGUGAGAGUUUGAAGACUCUUCUGCUUGACCUUAGGGUUGAGAGGUAAGGGUAAAUGGCUGAGAAUUAAGUUUAAAUAUAACAUAUCCUUCUUGUACCCAAAAGUUAUUGGCUACCAUACUCAUGGAUUACUCCAAAAGCAGUGUUUCAAACUUGGUUGUAGUGGUUGUUCUGUUGGCCGGAGUUCUCUAUCUCUGCAACUGGUCUCCCUCUGCCUCCUCCAUACUUCUCUUUCCAACCCAGAAAUGCCCAUGUCAGCCAUCAACCAAACUGAGUGAUGAGGCAAUCAUGACUACCAGGCCAAAAGAUGAGCUUGAGAUGGCAUUGGAGAGAGCUUCAAUGGUGAACAAGACAGUGAUAAUUGCUAUGGUUAACAAAGCUUAUGCUGAUGGGGGAACUCCAGGGAAGACUAUGCUUGAUCUAUUCUUGGAAGGAUUCUGGUUGGGUGAUGACACCAGAGGCUUAGUGGAUCAUCUCCUGCUUGUGGCCAUGGAUCAAAUAGCUUUCGACAGGUGCAAAUUUAUGAAACUUCAUUGCUAUAAAUUGGAGACUGAAGGUGUAGAUUUUGGAGGUGAGAAGUUGUAUAUGUCAAGGGAAUUUAUAAAGAUGAUGUGGAGGAGAACUCUUUUCCUUGGUGAUGUUCUCAAGCGUGGAUACAGUUUCAUCUUCACUGAUAUGGAUGUAAUGUGGCUGAGGAAUCCAUUAGUAAGGUUGAUCAAGAUCAACCAAAACCAAACUGAUGAUGAUCUCCAGAUCAGCUGCGAUGAGUUCAAUGGCUAUCCAGAUUCCAAAGACAACCUUAUCAACACAGGCUUCUACUUUGUUAGGUCAAACAACAAGACCAUUGCUCUAUUUGAUUCAUGGUAUGACAUGAAAGACAACUCUACAGGAAUGAAAGAGCAAGAUGUCCUAAUUAAGAUGAUGCAUAUGGGUAUGUUUGAACAACUAGGGUUAAGAGUGAGGUUCUUGGAUACCCUCUAUUUUAGUGGAUUUUGCAGAGAUAGUAGAGAUUUUAAUGCAGUGACAACAGUCCAUGCAAAUUGUUGUCGUAGUAUGAAAGCUAAGGUGGUUGAUCUUAUGUCUGUUCUUCGAGAUUGGAUGAAGUAUAAGAAAGUUACCAAGAAAUAUAAGCGCUUAACCAAUAACACAUCAUUCUUUAAAUGGUCUCCUCACAGUGCAUGUUUCAAGUCAUGGAUAGGGUUCAAUUUUAGUGCACCUGUGCCGUAGAUGAUUCUACUUCAUGUUUGUAAGCUAUUAAAUUGAGAAUAUUGAAUAAUAUAGAAGAAUAUAGAAAAUUUUAAUGGAUGUUCAUACUA